AGUGUUUGUGUACAUGCCGCACAAAACCCCGCCUCCUCCGGUACGAGCCGCCUCCGUGCCUGGCAUCAGUCUCCACCUCCCACCCCGGGUGUCACGCCCCCUUUUAUUGCCAAGUCAAGAGGACAGAUCCUGUGUGUGAUCAUAGAGAGCAAUGAGGAAUCUACUGCUGAACGCUAUCGUGGCGGUGUGUCCUCCGGGACAGGGCAUCGGCCUGAAUGGGACCCUACCAUGGCCUCUGCUCAGAAACGAAUUUAAGCAUUUUCAACGGCUGACCAUGACACCAACUACAGAAGGCAAGCAAAAUGUAGUGAUAAUGGGCAAGAGGACAUGGUUCUCUAUACCAGAGAAGAAUCGACCAUUGAAAGAAAGAAUAAAUAUUGUUCUAAGCAGAGAGCUCACCGAACCUCCGAAUGGUGCUCACUAUCUAGCCAAGAGUUUAGAUGAGGCUAUUCACCUUCUGAAGACACCAGAAAUGAAAGGGAAGAUUGAUCUAAUCUGGAUUAUUGGGGGAAGCUCAUUGUAUAAGGAAGUUAUGGACAAACCUGUUAGCCAGAGGCUGUUUAUAACCAAAAUUCAGCAAGAAUUUGAGUGUGACACAUUUCUACCAGACCUUGAUCUCCAGUCAUACAAGCUGCUGCCAGAGUAUCCGGGUAUAUCUUCUGAAAUGCAGGAAGAAAACGGAAUUCAGUACAAGUUUGAAGUAUAUGAAAAGAUGUUAUAAUUUGUUUACUGUAAAUUUGCACAAUAAAGAUUUUUUGCUGUUU